AUGUCGAAUUCUCCAGAAAGACACAAAACUCUCAAGCUUUUUGAGCUCCAAAAUUCUGACAUGAAUUACUCGAGGACUCCUACGGGCUCCACGAUCGCCGAAUGUUUUGGAUUGAGACUAUGCACAAAUUUCUCAUUGUUAACAGGAAAACAAAAACAAGGAGCCCAGUUUUUUAUCCUGGAUCAGAAUGAUAUGGGAUGCCAGAAAAAUUCACCAGAGCAGUUUAAAAGUUUGGAAAGCUAUAUGAAAGUCCACUCCAACAAAAAAAUUUAUCUUCGCCGCAUAAGUUUUACAAUAAAAGACCCAGAAAUGGAUUGUUUUUUGUCGAAUGAAUUGUCGGAUAUUGUUGCUCAAUUGGCGAAAAUUUCAGUGGUGGAUCCGGCUGUGGCUGAAAAAAUAAUCAACAAUUUGAAAUGCGGCAAACGAAUUAAACUACUAAGUCGUAAUGAUUUGGCACAAUGUUUCUGGAUGCUGGGUAACUCUGCUCGAGAAUGGGUUACGAUUGUUCCGGACUUUGAAUUCCUGGCUUCGGUCCACGAUUACCAAAAUGGAUAUUCAAAUCGUGUGCAGUGUCUUGGCCCAUCAGCUAAACCGUAUGCUUCUCAGUGUCAAGUGGUUCAGUAUAUUUUCAACGAACUGGUUCUUGGACUCAAUUGGAAAGUGAUAACUUCGAGAAAGUAUAAGCCGAAAGUUAUGGAAUGCAUAAAGGACUUGAUUAUGGAGUACACUGGAUGCGAACGGAAUUCCUUCAUUCCCCUGAACCGUGUCCAAAAACAAAUCGAGAGCUUGAAACAACGCUUCCGCAUUUUCAACAAUCAAUGGGAUAUUGAAAAAUUUAUGAAUUGUCCAUGUCGUCAAAAAAUUGAUGUGGAGUUCUACAAGAAGAUCGUCGAGCAGUUUGAUCUACCAGAGAUCACUAUACUCUCCGAAUCGCCAAUUCCCGUUCCUGCCUGGGUUAUUAAAGUGUCUCUGAUCACCGGAUGGGUCAUACAAUUCUUUGAAAAUGGAGAUCCAGAUGAUAUCGUUCUGAAAGAACACAUUUCUAAUGGUUUCGUUCAUUUGAUUCCUCAAGAGAGUCAAUAUAUGAUGAUUUUUACAGAGGAAGCCACCAACGAAAACCCAACAUUCUUCAAAUGGAAUACUUCCAACGACACGAAACAGCAACAGAAUACGAAGACCAAGAAGCAAGGUCCCUCACACAAGAACACCAAACUUCUAGACCACCGAGACGUCCGAGGCAGAUACCUCAGUAUGGAUCAAUCUUCAGAGAUUCAUUGGUUUUACCAGUUCAACGACACGGACUAUACCAACAAUCGGCAUUUUGUCGACUUCAAGAAUCAAAAGAAGAUGAAAUACUUUGUGAUCGAUGAAAGAACAAUGUGGAUGUUUAUAGAGCUCAAGAAAGCUUUGAAUCCGGAAUUCGAUGAGUCGAUUUGUUGCACUGAUUUUAGGACCUAUGUGAUGAUCACAGGAAUAACUAACUUUGUUGUCCGAGUGUUUGAAGAGGAUAAUGACUCAUUAUUGAUCGUUGAUGAAGUGUACGAUGUCAUGCAAGAAGUUUUGCGAAUUCAAGGAACACUUGAAGCUCUAAAAGAAGAAUUCAUUAGUCGUCGUAGCCAGGAAUCAAGCCAGCUAAUCAACCUUCCAAUGUUUAUCGAUCUUCUGGAACAAUUCGAUAUAGACAAAAGCCGUAUUACUCUCAUCCCAGACUUCAUUGAAAAACACCGAAAACCAAAUCGGAAAGAUCAUUUGUCUACUCCGAUCACUACCUUGGAUCCUACUGGGAUUCGAGUAAUGCGUUAUAAGGAGUAUAUAUUCCAGUUGUUGCAAUCAAUAAUUGUUGGGAUCAAUUGGAAAUCUGUUUUGGAGUCAGCUGGGCUGAAAGCAGUUCGAGAGUUUAAGAAAAUGUUUAUGACUUAUUUGGAUGAUGUGAAGAGUGCGGAUAGAUACGACUUGUUCACCCGAGACGAAAUUGAUGAAACGAAAGAGCAGUUCAGAAACCACUGCGUGUUUUGGAAUGCUCCACCUCGAGUGAAAUGGAUGAAGUCUUUCGGAAAUCUUGGAACUAUUUCUCUUAAAGAAUUCAAUGAAGAAACUCGAAAACUUCAAUUGCCAACAAUUCGAGAAAAUUUGAAAGAACUCGAAUCGCUUGAAGUCCGGGAGGCAAGACUUUUGUUGCUCGUUUUUUCAGUAAUUCAAUUUUAUCAAAGCGAUGAAACUACGGUGGAAAUUAUGGAUUCAGGAAAGUUGGUUGAACAGCAAAAAUCGAUGUUGAAUGAAAUCACGAAACGAAUGGCUUGGGAAGAAGCUGAUAAUUUCAAUCUGAAAUUGAAAAAAAUCGCUAAUAAUUUGGAACACUUAACUUCAGUUAAAAAUCCUGUUAUGGACACAAUGGUCAUGAAAUCCAAGAAUCUAAUAACUAUUGGUCAUACGGAUCAAGAUGAGUCUUUUAAAUCAGACGAAUUCAUAGAUAAUAAGGAAAAUGCUCCAGUGGAAGCUUUAAAGGAACAUCAAGAACUGAGGAUCCCUGAAACUCUAUCCGAGUCGAGAGCUACACUGACUGAAUUGGUUCAUAAGUCAGGUAUGAAUGUGACCAUUCAUGAAGACGAUCUUGACAAACAAAUGGAGCAAUUGGCAUUAAAUGGACAGGAGACUGAAAGCCAUUCAAAACAGUUUUGGGAUUCUAGAGGCAGAAUUUCGAAAUUCGCGAAAAUCUAUCUCGAAUGGAUGAAAAGGCAAGAUCUAGAGAGAAGGCAAAACAAGGCAUGUGAUGAACUGAGGUUAGAUAAAGUGAACUCUGAAAUCACGGGAAUGUUGAGAAGUGCUACGGAACAGUUGUCAAAGGCUAACGAGACGAUUCAGAAGUUGGAACAUGAGAGAAAGAUGUUGAUGGUAGAGAUUCAUCAAAUAUGGGAAGAAUCGAAAAAUGAUAAGAGAAUACUGAUGAUGGCAAAUGUGAACUACGACCGUUCGCAAAAGGAGCUGAGUGACUUGAUCGUUAUUAUCAAUAACAAAGAAAAGGAAGAGGAAGAAAGAGUGAGAGCGAUGAAAAAACUAGAGGAGACCAAUAAGAAGCUAAGAGAAGAGAACAAAACGUUGUUAAAGGAAAACAAAUCGCUGAUAAGAGAGCUGGAUCUGCAGAAGGAUGAAGCUGAUAAGACAGUGAAGAGAGCAAACGAGGAGUUGGUAAAGAAGCACAGGCAAUUGUUGAAAGAGCAGGAAAGAACUGCUGCAUUGGAAUUAGAGCUGAAGGACAUGAAUGUGGGACUUGAGUAUAGAGAGCAGGAGAUUAAAGAAGGAGAUGAGAAACUGAAGAGGGAAAAGAAAAUGGCAAGAAAAGCAAGAGAGGAGCUUGAUGAGCAGAUCAGAAAAACAAGAGAAUCGGAUUGGAAAUUGAAGGAGGCCAAUGAGCGGAUGGAAAAAGUCGUAAAAGAGAAGAAUGUAGAAAUUCAGAGAAUUCGAGAAGAAUUGAACUACAAGUGGCUAGUGGAGCAUAACAAGGCAAAGGAGGAGAUGAGGAAAGCCUCCGAAGCUGAAAGCAAAGCUCGACAGCUGAUGAUAGAGAGGGAGAAAAUUCUGGAACAGUCUAAUCGAUUUGGAUCCAGUUCUCCAGUUCAAGAAGCAGUUUAUAGAGAGCGCAAUCGAGCUUUGAAUCUUGAGCUUAAGCAUAAGAAAGACGAGAUCGCGCACUUGAAAAACCGAAUUCGAGAACUCUCUGAUUCUUCAGGAUCUCCGCCACAAGUUAACCAUCAUGUUCAAGACCCAAAAGUCCAUCUGGAAAAGUUCGAAAAGAUGAAGAAGGAUUUUCAGGAGGAUAACGAUUUAAAGGCUAAAAGAAUGCAAAUUGAGCGCCUCAUCCAUGCCACGGAUUCUAAUGAAACGCGAGCAAUUGCCAUCUCCGAGUUGGAUCGGUAUGAUGAGUCCAUUGAAGCUUAUCAAGAUGUAUUGCAGUUUAAUAUUCUGAAAAUCAAGAUCACCAAAGAUCCAUCCGACUGUCUUCCAUUCCCUUCUUUUCCUGAGUUAUCUUCAAAAUUCAUAGAUGCAGAGAAAAGCCAAUGGGAGAAGCCAACAUUCGGAGAGAAGGAUUGUGCAGUUUGCUUCGACGAGAUCCAUAAAAAUGAGCGUAUCAGCACAUGUCCAAACCGGAAAUGUUUUCCAAAGUAUCAUCAAAAAUGCUAUAAGAAAGCCAUGGAGACUAGAGCCGUCUGUCCAUAUUGUCAAACUUCGUGCUAG